UCCGCACUGGACACCGUAACAAAGACCAAAGUGGCCAUAAAGAAAAUAUCUCCCUUUGAACAUCAAACUUACUGUCAAAGGACGCUGAGGGAAAUCAAAAUCCUUACAAGGUUUAAACAUGAAAAUAUUAUCGAUAUAAGGGACAUUCUUAGAGCAGUAACGAUAGACCAAAUGAAAGAUGUUUAUAUUGUGCAAUGUCUUAUGGAAACAGACCUUUACAAACUUCUUAAAACACAGAGACUGAGUAACGACCACAUAUGUUACUUCUUGUAUCAAAUUUUGCGAGGUUUAAAAUACAUUCAUUCGGCAAAUGUACUGCACAGGGAUCUCAAACCUAGCAAUCUACUUCUGAAUACCACCUGCGAUCUCAAAAUCUGUGAUUUCGGUUUGGCGCGAGUUGCUGAUCCAGAGCACGAUCACACGGGAUUCCUGACGGAAUAUGUGGCAACACGGUGGUACCGAGCACCCGAGAUCAUGUUGAACUCAAAAGGUUACACCAAGUCCAUAGACAUUUGGUCAGUGGGUUGCAUUUUGGCAGAAAUGCUGGCCAACAGGCCCAUUUUCCCAGGCAAACAUUAUUUGGAUCAGUUGAAUCACAUAUUAGGGGUGUUAGGGUCACCUUCAGCUGACGAUCUCAAUUGUAUUAUAAAUGAAAAGGCUCGCAGCUAUCUUCAGUCUCUGCCGUUUAGGCCGAAAGUGCCGUGGGUAAAACUGUAUCCGAACGCAGACCCCAAAGCGCUUGAUCUUUUGGACAAAAUGCUUACGUUCAAUCCGCAUAAGAGAAUUGAGGUUGAACAAGCCCUUGCACAUCCCUAUCUCGAGCAAUAUUACGAUCCUGCAGAUGAGCCUGUUGCGGAAACCCCCUUCCGUUUCGACACGGAACUAGACGACCUGCCCAAAGACACAUUGAAAAGGCUAAUUUUCGAAGAGACCCUUCUCUACAAACAAAGGCAACAGGAUUCGCACACGAUGAGUUCGUCAUAA